AUGCACCUCCUUCCUCGAGAACAGGAUAAACUCAUUCUAUCCUCCCUUGGUCAGCUGGCCCAACGUCGUCUCGCUCGAGGCUUGGUGCUGAACCGGUCCGAAGCAGUGGCUCUGAUUGCAAGUCAACUGCACGAGCUCAUCCGUGAUGGCCAACAUAGUGUCGCGGAGCUGAUGGACCUUGGAAAGAAGAUGCUGGGAAGGAGACAUGUAAUGGAGGGUGUAGGCGAGUCUAUACAUGAUAUACAAGUGGAGGGUACGUUUCCUGAUGGAACCUUUCUCGUGACUGUACACGACCCCAUAUGUUCAGACUCUGGGAAUCUCGAGAGGGCGCUUUACGGCUCGUUCCUUCCCAUCCCAUCUCAAGACCUUUUCCCUCUUCCAGAAACUAUAAAAACACCUCUCCCGGGCGCUGUCAUUUGCGUCAAAGAGAAAAUCAAGCUCAACGUCGGGAGGAAACGAUGGUCUGUCGAAGUCGUCAACGAAGGCGAUCGACCGAUCCAAGUAGGCUCACAUUAUCCUUUCCUCGAAACCAACCCUCUCCUCAUCUUUGACCGGUUACUCUCAUAUGGUACUCACUUGGACAUUCCGGCUGGGACCGCCGUCAGGUUCGAGCCAGGAGAACGAAAGACGGUAUCUUUGGUUGAGAUGGGUGGUAGAAAGAUGAUCAUGGGAGGGUCCGGUCUUGCUUCUGGACCAUUCGAAGAGAGCAAAAGAGAGACGAGCGUGAAGGAAGUGAUUGAGAAUGGUCGAUUUGGACAUCGUCCGCAAUCAGAUGUCAAGGAAGCUCCCGUGCAAGAGAUGGACAGAGAAGUGUAUGCUUCAAUGUUCGGACCCACGACUGGAGACAGUGUGAGAUUGGGGGAUACUGAUCUCUGGAUUGAGGUGGAGAAAGACUAUACUGUGUAUGGGGAUGAAUGCAAGUUUGGGGGAGGCAAAGUUCUACGUGACGGGCAAGGUCAAGCGUCGAAUAGACAUGACGAACAAGUUCUCGACCUAGUCAUCACGAACGCUCUGGUUAUCGAUUGGAACGGUAUCUACAAAGCCGACGUUGGUGUUAAGCAUGGGAAAAUUUCAGGCAUCGGAAAGGCAGGGAAUCCAGACAUUAUGGAUGGUGUGACUGAAGGCAUGGUCGUGGGCUCUAACACCGAGGUCAUCGCUGGAGAAAAGCUCAUACUCACUGCGGGAGCCCUGGACGUACAUGUUCACUACAUUUGCACUCAGCUUUGGACCGAGGCGCUUGCGUCUGGCAUCACGACUCUCAUCGGUGGUGGUACCGGUCCUGCAGACGGGACAAACGCUACAACUUGUACGCCGUCCAAGUUCUACAUGCAGGCUAUGAUGGCUGCAACCGAUGACAUCCCUCUGAACUUCGGUUUCACUGGUAAAGGCAAUGACUCCGGGGAGAAAGGAUUGAGGGACAUUGUCGAGGCUGGAGCCUGUGGCUUGAAGCUGCACGAAGACUGGGGAUCGACACCUGAGUGUAUCGAUCGAGCUUUGAAGGUUGGCGAUGAGUACGAUGUACAAGUCAACAUACACACAGACACAUUGAACGAGAGUGGUUAUGUGGAAAGUACUUUGGCUGCUAUCAAUGGUAGGACCAUACACACAUAUCACACCGAAGGAGCGGGUGGAGGACAUGCGCCAGAUAUCAUCGUUGUAGUCGAACACCCGAAUGUCUUGCCCAGUUCAACCAAUCCAACUCGACCUUAUGCCGUCAACACUCUUGACGAGCAUCUCGACAUGCUCAUGGUAUGUCACCACUUAGACAAGUCUAUCCCCGAAGACAUAGCAUUUGCAGAUUCUCGUAUCCGAGCCGAGACAGUAGCAGCCGAAGAUGUUCUUCAAGACACCGGAGCGAUCUCGAUGAUCUCUAGCGAUUCGCAAGCUAUGGGAAGGAUCGGAGAGGUGAUUGCUCGGACAUGGAGGACAGCUUCCAAAAUGCGCAAUGUCCGAGGGCCUCUCGAAGGUGAUGAAGAGGGAAGGGACAAUAAUAGAGUCAAGAGAUACAUUGCAAAGUAUACCAUCAACCCAGCUAUCACCCAUGGUAUCUCUCACCUAGUCGGUCAAGUCGCUCUGGGCUGCCUGGCCGACUUGGUCCUCUGGAAGCCAGAAUUUUUCGGCGCAAGACCAGAAAUGGUCAUAAAGGGCGGUAUUAUCGCUUGGGCACAGAUGGGUGAUGCGAACGCCUCAAUUCCUACUGUUCAACCGGUGAUAGGUCGACCUAUGUGGGGAGCACAAUCUGGUGCAGUGGGAAUGAAUUCGGUCGUAUGGGUCAGCCAAGCUUCGAUCGAUAACGGUAUCGUUAAGUCUUAUGGACUCAAGAAGAAACCAGAGGCGGUGAAGAAAUGCCGGGAAAUAGGAAAGAAGGAUAUGAAGCUUAAUGAUUCUAUGCCAAAGAUGACCGUCGAUCCCGAGACAUACGAAGUGAGAGCCGACGGAGUACUUUGCGACGCACCACCAGCUGCGACCCUUCCGCUUACUAAGAAACAUUUCGUCUUCUGAUUUUACGAAUACAGCCCUAUCUUUCAAGUAUGGCCGCGACGCUUUGUAUGUACAUAAUCUCAUAUUUUGGAUGUACAUUUAUCACGG